UGAUUUUAGCUAGCUUGAAAGCUAACAUCACAGUGAGUGACAGUGGGGAAGUGCAUCUGGCACCGCAUCCUCUCGGUGACAUCCAGCUAAUAUCAGCUGGAUAAACGAGCCGCAGUCAGACUGUAGCCUGUCAGCGGGCCUGUUCACAUCGACUUCUCACCUUAAAAAAACCCUCCAGAAACGUCCGGGACCCGGAGGAAGAAAAUCCGAGGAAAGAUGAACGAGAGUGAGCUCAAUUCCCCGCUGGCGGAGUACGAUUUCGAGCGGCGUUUCGACGAAAGACGAGCCCUGGAAUGGAUGCAGGAGAACUGGAGCAAGUCGUUCAUGUUCUGUGGCCUGUAUGCUGCGCUCGUAUUCGGCGGUCAGCACUUCAUGAGGGAAAGACCAAAACUGAACCUGCGACGCCCGCUAGUGCUGUGGUCACUCAGCCUGGCCAUCUUCAGUAUCAUAGGAGCAGUCAGGACCGGACUGUACAUGAUGCACGUCCUCACAACCAGCGGCUUCAAACAGUCGGUGUGUGACAACAGUUUCUACAGCGCCCCCGUCAGCAAAUUCUGGGCCUACGCCUUUGUUCUUAGCAAGGCACCCGAGCUGGGUGACACAGUGUUUAUCGUCCUCCGGAAGCAGCGUCUCAUCUUCCUGCACUGGUACCACCACAUCACCGUGCUGCUCUACUCCUGGUACUCCUACAAGGACCAGGUGGCAGGCGGCGGCUGGUUCAUGACCAUGAACUACUUAGUUCACUCUUUCAUGUACACCUACUACGCAGCCCGGGCGGCUGGACUGCGGGUGCCUCGUCCCUUCGCCAUGAUCAUCACGGCCACCCAGAUCAUGCAGAUGGUGAUGGGCCUGGCCGUGCUGGGCCUAGUGUACCACUGGAUGCAUGAGGUGCGCUGUCCGUCCUAUGUGGACAACAUUGCGUGGGGUUCUCUAAUGUACCUCAGCUACUUGGUCCUUUUUGCCUUGUUCUUCUACAACACAUACCUCAAGGGCUCCUCUGUGGACAAAGGAUCCAAGGCAGAGUAGCAUGUUUGUACUGGGCUCUGCAUUCACAUCAAAGUGUGCCAUAAGUAGAAAUGACCAACAGUGAGGGGCCAUGAAUGUGUGAGUCACAACUGCACUAGUUAACUGUUUGCUGCAUCCUCCUCUUGUUAUGACAUUUUCACUCGACCUUUUGAUAGGCAUCUGUAGCUCAAAACAAUGAUACGUCAAUGAUACAUCAGCAUUAGGAAAGACAGAGCACAUUUUAAUAUGAUCUUGUGAUUAGUUGGGAGUAAUGUAUGUAGGAAGAUAAUUAAAGAAAGAGAUGGAGGAAUGCAAUGUUUUAACAUAGUUCUCACUGCAUUUAAAUUAUUGCUUUGGCUGCAUAAACUCAUGACUAGUAUAUAAAAACAGCCAUAUGAGGGCCAAAUGUUUGUCAGAGGUGGUUAACAAAUUUUCAUGUUUCAAUGAAAAAGGGAAUCCUUGAUGUAUACAUAAGAUCUCUGAACUAGAAAAAGCACUUGUGAAUUUUACAUUGUUAGGGCAUUGGUCAAUAUUUUGGAAAUUAUGCUUAUUUACUUUCUUUAGGAGUGAGAUGAAGAGAUCAAUAUCAGUCAUGACUCAGCGUAAAGUACAGACAUGUACUAAACGCUGAAUCAGGACGUGUUUUGUUUAGCUUUGCAUAAAGACCAAGCAACAACUACCACAACUUGAGGCUGAAGCCAAUGUGGAAGAACCUUAAAGUGCAACUCCACAGACGGCAGCUAGAUGCAGCUAGUGUCAUCUUCUCUCUAGUAAUAACAAGUCAAUAAUGUUUUUUCAACGAGUCAUUAUGGACUCAAUCGCUAAAUUCAGACCCUCUAAUAAGUGCGCUGGUGGUCAUUUUGAUAA